AUGGACGAGGUUUCUCGCGACUUAGAGAAAGCCGAGGUUGAUGCCAGCCAUCCUCACCGCGCUGGAGAUGUCCCCUUGGCACACUCGCGGACCUCGUCUUCCUUGGGGUCAAUCUCCAGCAGCUCGUCUUCCUCCUCCUCGUCGGAAGUCCAGCAGAAUGCACCCGUGAUGUAUCGGAUCCAGACCGUGAACGACUUGGAAAGACAUCCGACUGCCCUGAGCCGCAUUGCUACACAGCGCUCCCAACAUAGCGCCACAGUCGGUGCUAGCUUGAGAUCGCGCGCCUCGAAGAAGCCCUUGCCCCCAUUCGGCGCUGGAAAGCCCUAUCCACCACCUCUGCCAUCCAGGGAAGAAUAUGUGGUGGAAUUCGAUGGCCCUGACGAUCCUUUACACCCGCAAAACUGGUCCACCAAGAAAAAGUUGUUGACAGGUGCCACACUUGCAUACACCACUCUAGUAUCAACAUUUACGAGCAGCAUCUACUCCGAUGCUACAACUACCCUCGCGGGUAUCUUCCAUGUCUCCUCUGAAGUCACCCUACUCGGUCUUUCGUUUUAUGUGCUCGGCUUUGCAACUGGUCCGAUUUGUUGGGCCCCCCUUUCCGAGCUUCGCGGUCGUAAAUUGCCCAUCUUGAUCGGCAUGUUUGGUUUGACACUCUUCGAAUUUGCAGUAGCGACUGCCAAAGACCUGCAGACGGUUCUGAUCUGUCGCUUCUUCGCCGGCUUUUUCGGCGCCUGCCCUAUUGCAGUAGUUGCCGCGGUUUUCUCCGACGUGUUUGAUAAUCGCUCUCGCGGCGUGGCCAUCACCGUGUUCAGUAUUACUGUAUUUAUGGGUCCCUUUUUGGCGCCUUUCAUCGGCGGGUUUAUCGUUGACAGCUAUCUUGGAUGGCGCUGGACUCAGUACCUAUCCGGCAUCAUGGCUGCAGCCGGUCUUGUCCUGGAUGUCUUCUUCCUCAAUGAGACGUAUCCUCCUGUGGUCCUAGUCGAAAAAGCUGCAGAACUACGUCGUCGAACAAGAAACUGGGGCAUCCAUGCUAAACAGGAAGAAAUCGAAGUCGAUUUCGGUGAACUGAUUUCAAAGAAUUUCAGCCGUCCCAUAAGGAUUUUGGUUUCAGAGCCCAUUGUGUUACUAUUAACUAUAUACAUGUCUUUCAUCUAUGGACUUCUCUAUCUUUUCAUGACGGCAUAUCCAAUUGUUUUCCAAGAAAUUCAUGGCUUCAACAAGGGUGUUGGCGGUCUUCCGUACUUCGGAAUGGUCGUCGGUGAAUUGUUUGCUGGUAUAUUCAUCAUCUCUCAGCAGCCAUCGUAUAACAGAAAGCUUGCUGCCAAUAACAACAUUCCCGUCCCCGAAUGGCGCUUGCCACCUGCAAUCGUCGGCGGCGUCGCGUUCUCUGCUGGUCUCUUCUGGUUCUUUUGGACUGGAUAUAAGGCUUCUAUUCCUUGGAUUGCUCCUACUCUUUCCGGUCUUUUCACGGGAUUUGGUCUUCUCACGAUAUUCCUCCAGUGUCUCAACUACAUUAUUGAUGCUUAUUUACUCUUCGCUGCUUCCGCCGUUGCUGCAAACACUCUUCUCCGUUCUCUAGCUGGCGCAGUAUUCCCAUUGUUUGCGACUUACAUGUUUGACGGGAUGGGCGUGAACUGGGCAGGAACAUUACUCGGUUGUGUGGCAGCCGUUCUCGUGCCUAUACCAAUCAUCUUUUAUUUCCAAGGCCCCAAGAUUCGAGCAAGGAGUAAAUUCGCGCCAACUUUGCCUGCCGAGCCGCAGCCGCCUGCUGAAUCUGAAGAAAUUCGUGGGGAGUGA